AUGAGGUUUAAUAGAGCCAAAUGCAAUGUCCUGCACCUGGGCUGGGGCAACCUCCGGUAUCAAUACUGGGAAACAGGGGACAAAGGGAUUGAGAGCAGCGCUGUGGAGAAGUACUUGGGGGUGGAUGAAAAACUGGAUCAUAAAGCGUUUGGAAUUUCCAUUGAAACGGAUAACAAAAACGUAAAAGCAGAGGAGUUUAAGGAGGCUAUUCUUAGUUGCAAGCACAAAUUUUCAAAAGAGGUGAGCGUAAGAAUAGAAUGGAAGAAACUCCAGCCUCAAGGUGUCUCAUUUGUCUACUACAAUAAUGAAUUUACAGGUGAUCUUCGAGGCCGAGCAGAGAUGCUGAAUACAGGAAUCCGUAUUAGGAAUGUGACUAGAAAGGAUUCUGGGACCUACCGCUGUGAAAUCAGUGCAAGGAGUGAUGAGAGGCAACACGUGGGAGAGGCUAUUAUUACUCUCACAGUAUUGGUUGCUCCAACUACUCCAGUAUGUGAAAUACCCAGCUCCGCAAUGACGGGAACGGUCGUGGAACUGAGCUGUAAGGAGACUGAGGGGUCUCCUCCCUCAGAGUACCAGUGGUACAAGAAUGGUGUUGCCUUACGCGAAAAGACAGGAACAGGCAGUGCUAGAGCAGCAAACCUAACUUACACCAUGAAUAGAAAGUCUGGCACACUGCUAUUUAAUACAGUUACAAAGAAUGACACUGGAGAGUAUUUCUGUGAAGCCUUCAAUGGGAUUGGAUUAUCUCGGAGAUGCUCAGCGAAGCGAAUGCAAGUUGAUGACCUUAAUAUAAGUGCUAUCAUCGCUGCAGUAGUAUGUGUGGCUCUGGUAAUGUCAUUGUGUGGCCUUGGAGUAUUUUAUGCCCAAAAAAAGGGCUACUUUACAAAGGAAAGCUCUUCCCAAAAGAAGACAAACUAUCAAUCUACAAGUGAAAAGGAUUUCAAGCAUACAAAAUCCUUUGUUAUUUAG